CUGAAGAAGUUUGAGAUUAGUUUCACAAAUUUAAGCCCGUAUUAAGAUAUAUGGUACAACCUGGAUUGGCGAAUAACCUUGUGGUUUAAAUUGAAGUUUACACCUCAAAAGGCGCAAUUUUUUUGCGGUGUUAGAAGAGUUUAAAUGCGUUAACCCCACUUGUAUUAGUGCCUAAUUCCAUAAACCGAUCGGGAGACCAUUACCUAUAAUGAAAAAAUUAAUCCCCAGCCUUUUGAACGUUAAAGUAAAUUUUAACACCAAGCGAGACAGAGAACGUUUAAGUUCAAAAAUCAGUGACGCAUUUGCAUGUUAUUUAUAAAUACAACGAUAUCAAAUUGACUUUUUCUCUUCCUUCCUUCUCGAAAUGAUCUUAACUUGAAUAAUCAUUGUGCCACUCACACUUACAUCAUUAGCACACUCGCGUUACGUAUACUCGCACAUGCACGCUAUUGGUCAAUCGCUGUUUGAAUAUGUACAUUAUAAUUAAACGAGAAUAAUAACUCAUUUCUGCCAUCGCGCUCAAUCGAUAAACAGCGACAUCAUGCUCAAAUAGGUACAAUCUCCUAGCAGGGGCGGUCCAAAAAUAAUAUUACACCACGCGAGGCAGCUCCCAGUCCAAACUCUUUUGUCAAGGGAUGAAAAAAAAAACAACACAAAUUUGCUAUUGAAGCUUAGCAUAUCACUGCGUGGGUAUAUUCAGGAAAUUAACUAAGAAGUUUGUUGUCGACCAGGACAGUAUUAGAUGUUGGAGGAACGAAGAGAGCCUUGGUAGUUAUUUUAGAGCGGAAGGGAAAGCAGCUUUUCUCUUUGCAAGCCAAAGUGGUUCGCAUCGCCUAUCAAUAAUGAAAGUACAACUAACCAUAUGGACCAUUGUGAGCCAGCUUUGGAACAUAAUUCUGCUCUCAACAGGUUCUUCUGAGCAUAGUUCUCAACAGCGUCUUCUGUCCGCCAUGUUCGCAAAGUAUGACGGUGACGGUCGGCCAGACUCUGACAGAUCACGUGCUGUCCUCGUGUCGUUUGGCGCGAAACUUGUCAGGAUUAUUAACCUGAACGAGAGGGGAAACACAAUUCGUUCUCAAUGGUGGAUUUACCAGCAAUGGAUGAAUUCCGACUUGUCUUGGAACGAGGCAGACUACAAUGGCACCAACGUUAUUCACGUGAGUCCGAAGAAGAUCUGGGCUCCAGAUAUCAUUUUGUACAACAGUGUGCGGUUCGCCGACAGCGCUGAUGACAACGAUAAACUGGGAGGAGGCACAGAGAAGUACAAGACAAAAAUAGCCAUCAACUCCAAUGGUUCCUGCAAGUGGAUGGCGCCAGCAAUCUUUCAGAGCACAUGUGACAUCAACACUGAAUUCUUUCCAUUUGAUGACCAGAUCUGCACACUGAAGUUCGGAUCGUGGGCUUUUGAUGGAAGCGAGGUGGAUAUAGUCGUGGAUGAGUCGGAGACUGGGGCCAAAGGAGACAUAUAUAAAAAUAAUACCGAAUGGGAGUUGGCUAAUGUAACAGCUGUCAGAAUAGAGGACAAAUACAGCUGCUGUAUCCACCCGUACCCAAGCGUGAUAAUCACACUCCAUUUAAGAAGGCGUUACUAUUUCUACAUGGUGAACCUUGUGGUACCGUGUUCUCUUAUCGCAAUGAUGGUCCUUCUCUCCUUUAUCUUACCGCCGGAAUCUGGGGAGAGGAUUGGACUGGGCAUCACCGUGUUGAUGGCUAUGGCUAUUUUUCAGGAGCUAACCUCGAAUAAACUGCCUGCGGAUUCUCAGUACAUUCCGUUGCUAGCUAAAUACUACUCCAGUGCCAUAACAGAGAUUGGACUGGCUCUGUUUGCCACCUGUGUCAUUUUGAACUUUUACUACCGGCGCUCUGUCAUGCCCAGGUGGCUUAGGAGACUUAUGUUCAAUGUUCUGGGACCGUUAGUCAGGAUAAAGUAUGAACCCAUUGGCAAGACAAAGAAGAAGAGCCGAAAAAGUUUCAUCAUAGAAGAAAACAGCGAUUUAGCACAACUUUCCGAGAAUUCCUACUCAGCGCCUUGCGAAAUGAGAAAGAUGAGUAUCAUCAACGAAACGAAAUGCGAAGGAAAUGGUUGCUGCAGUGAUGCUGGUCAGACGUCGCUCUUACAGCGCACGCGUUCUAGAACACAAAGCAGUGUUCGCGAGACUCCUAUUUUGAAUGAUCACGUGGAACAUAAGCAGCAGGGAAAGUAUGUGUCCGAGCCAGUGGAUGACCUGCAUACCGAAGAGAUGAUAAAAAUGAACAAUCACAUGGAUUGGCAAAUGGCCGCCAAGAUCCUGGACCGAGUGGUGCUACUAGUCGGGAUUUUAAUCAGCUUUGCAACUUUCCUCGCGAUUUUCCUGCAGGCGCCGCGAGUACGAGAAAUGUUUGUGUCGUGAAC